GUAAACCAGUACGGUGUGAGGUCUGAGCGGUCCUAUAAACCAACAACAACAACAACAAGAAGGGUUCAGUUUACUGGUGAAUAUUGUCAUUAUGUGAAGCUCUGGAGUCACUAUCACCGCCACACACCUCAGUCUUCCUGGUACUUGUGACUGGUACUUAUAGUGAUUAUACUGAAGGUCAUCCUGAUACUAGAGACUGGUACUUGCAGUGCCUAUACUACAAGUUCACUAUGUCAGAAAUACUUGAACACAAAGGCGUUCAUAAAACACAAAUUGAAGGUGACAUUGAGGACAAACUGUAUCAGGAUUUACAGCCUCUGACACAUCCUUCGCAGGACUCUCAGUGCGUGUCCUCGACGAGAGUUAACGAAGGCAGCAACAAGCUUCAGUGUUCAGUGUGUCAGAAAGAAUUUUCCUACAAAUCCUAUUUGAUGAAACACAUGCGAAUCCACACUGGGGAGAAACCAUACCAGUGUUCAACAUGUCUAAAGGACUUUACUUACAAACCUUCCCUGAUGACACACACGAGGAUCCACACUGGGGAGAAACCUUACCACUGCUCGGUGUGCCUAAAGGACUUUACUUACAAGUCCUCAUUAAUGAAACACACAAAAUCACAUACCAGGGAGAAAUAUCAAUGUUCAGAGUGUCUAAAAGUCUUUUCAACAAAGUCUAAUUUGGAGCAACACAUGAGAAUUCACACUGGGGAGAAGCCAUAUCAGUGUUCAGCUUGUCUUAAAGAUUUUUCAGAUAAAUCCAGCUUAUUAGGACACUGGAGAAUUCACACUGGGGAGAAACCUCACCGGUGUUCUGUAUGCCGUAAAGAUUUCACCUAUAAAUCUAGUUUAGUAAAACACAUGACGAUUCACACUGGAGAAAAACCAUACCACUGUCCACAGUGUCUAAAAGAAUUUUCUCGGAAAUCUAUCUUAGUAAGUCACAUGAGGAUUCACACGGGGGAAAAACCAUACCAGUGUCCUGAAUGUUUGAAGAAAUUUUCCCAACAAUCUCACUUAAUCAAACAUCAAACAAUUCACACUGGAGAGAAGCCAUACAAGUGCUCAGAAUGUCUGAAAGAAUUUUCUAGGAAAUCGUAUUUAAUAUUACACAUAAAAAGCCAUGCUGGGCAGAAGCCAUAUCAGUGCUCAGAAUGUCAAAAAAAAUUUGCAUUGAAAUACAAUCUAGUUAGACACAUGAGGACUCAUACUGGUGAAAAGCUAUACAAGUGUUCAGUAUGUCUAAAAGAUUUCUCAGACAAGUCUACAUUAGCAAGUCACAUGAGGAGUCACACUGGUGAGAAACCCUUUCACUGUUUACAUUGUUUAAAAGACUUUUCUAGAAAAUCAAGUUUAGUGAGUCACACAAGAACUCACACUGGUGAAAAACCAUAUCACUGCUCACAGUGUCUACAAGACUUUUCUCAAAAAUCUAGUUUAGUGAGUCACAUGAGGGGUCACACUGGUGAGAAACCCCAUCAGUGUUCACAGUGUCUAAAAGACUUUUCUAAACUAUCUAAUCUAGUCCAACAUUUGAGAAUUCAUACUGGAGAGAAACCAUAUCAGUGUCCAGAAUGUCUAAAAGACUUUUCUACAAAAUCUAAUCUAGUCCAACACAUGAAAAUUCAUACUAGGGAAAAACCAUAUUGAUAUUCAAAAUAUCUUAAGAUACAAAUUAGAAGUCAUGUCAGUCGUCAAUUUCUAAAAAUCUCAAAAAUUGGAUUGAAUUUAACACACAGGAAUUUGUGGUACCUUGUGAUGGGAUUAGAAGACACGUCCGGUAAGUGGACACAGAUCAACUAAUGCGACAUUUUAUUGGGGCAACGUUUUGCUCUCCAGGAACUUUGUCAAUCCUAGACACAGGUACUGGAGAGUGAAACAUUGCCACAGUGUCACAUUAGAUGCAGCUGUGACCUUUUACCUGACAUUCUGUAGUUAAUUCGAUUAGAAUGGGUAUGAAUCUGUGAUUGGCUCCAAUUAUUAAUUACCGAUUAGAAUAUGUAAUUCAGUGCAGUGAGGAACAUGUAAAUAAACGGUUUACAAAACUGACAGCUUGAUAAAUGAGACACUUGUGCUACAUUGGUAUUAGAGCACCCUCCCCUUCCCUGGAUCAAACACGGUUACCUUGUGUCCCCCCCCCCCCAGCACUGUAUGACCCACUUAUAACUGCAUUAAGAGGUGUCUGGUUUAACCAGCAAGUGGUUUAAGAUUUUUUUUUUGUAAUUCUCUCUUUGAUAAAUAGACAGUAAUGACAGUUUGGUAUUAUAUAAUCUUUAAUGUAUACACUGACGGCUUGUGCGUGUACAUGUGUACGUUUUCUACAUGUUGGGUACACGUCACAAGUUGUGUAUGUCAUGUGUAUAUAUGUAGUAGAGUAGUAUUUUAUAUACAUAGGUGUUAGUGUCUUGUGUAUAUACACUGAGAGGUGUAUAUCUCAGUGUACAUACACUGAGAGAGAUAUAUCUCAGUGUAUAUACAUUGGUAGUUUACAUUAAUCACUAUUAGUUGCAUCUGUGUCAGUUUAUCCACAUUUUGUGGGUAGUUUUAACAUUAUCACAAAAUAUGAUCCAUAUAUGUAUAGUACACACCCGUAAAUAUAAUUAACAAAUAACACAAAGUAUAACCCAUGAGAAGCAUAUUUUUAGAAAGUCCUUGUAUGUUAUGCCCGGGUAUGCUGUACCCGCUGAGGAUAAAUAUUAAAAUGUAUUUGUUGCAAUGGCAGUACUGUUAUUAUCGAGGAACAUGAUGUGAUCAUUGAUGUGAAUGUGAUCACUGAUGUGAAUGUGUUGAUCAUUGAUGUGAAUGAUGUGAUGAUCAUUGGCAUGAUGUGGUGCUUACAUGAUGUGAUGAUCACUGACAUGAUGUGAUGAUCACUGAUGUAAAUGCAAGGUUCAUUGUAAUACAGGCGCCCCUCGCUUUACGAUGGUCUGAUUUUGGAUAUUUCCACUUUACGACAGUGCGAUAGCGACACACACACACUGUACUGUAUACUUAUUGAUAGGAUAAACUUGUACAGGUCGGCCAUCACUGAUCCUGCAGUCACUAAUCUGGCACUAAUUUUGACUAGUGCCAUUGGUAAAAGUUUACGUCC